UCUUUUCAGUCGACGACGUCUCUUCAUUCAGUCCAGCCCUUGUUAUUUCCCACUCUUCUUCUUAUUCUUUAGCUCUCUGCUUAUCUAUUCCCAAUACCAAACCCUAAUCUUGAUUCUUCAUCAAUCCGAUCGCGCCUCUUCACUUUCCCCGAUUCUAGGGCACGCUCCGCUUGCCGUCCGAACCCCGGGGAACGAGCCGGUUGGAAGGUGAUAUUCAGCUCCGGGGAUUCCGAUUUGACCGGAAUGUUCUUCUCCGGCGACUCGUCGAAUCGGAAACGGGUGGAUUUGGGAGGACGGAGUACGAAGGAGAGGGAUAGGCAGAAGCUUCUGGAGCAAACGAGGUUAGAGCGCAACCGGCGGUUGCGGUUGCGGCAGAAGAACUCCGCCGCUACUAAGAUUCAGAAAUGCUUCAGAGGGAGAAAAGCAGCGUCAUCUGAAUAUUCAAAGGUGCGGGAACAGUUCUGUGGAACAUAUGGUGAACAUUGCCAGAAUGCUGAUAAAUCUUGUUUUGGUCCAGACUCAGACUUUCUCCGCCAGUUGCUUUUUUUCUUGGAUUCUCGAAGUGUUGGCGACUUAUCUGUCCUUGUGGAAACAUGCCGGUUACUUCAUCAAUAUGUCAAAAAUACAGGGGAUAUUGUGAGCCUAUUCGCAGGCAUGGAUUAUUCAUCAAAGCAUGCUUUGGUUAAUUACAGAGUGAAGAAACUUGCAUACCUGUGUAUCAAGGCUGUUCAUCGAAAUAGAACUCAUUUGAAGGAUCAACUUUUUGCAUCUCCCUCGGAGUCCUCUGUGCCGACAACUUUAUUGUUGGAAACAGUAGCCUUGUUGAUUGAUCAGGAGCUUCCAUGGGUUUGUAAGACAGUUAGCUAUCUUCUUGAAAGAAAGGCAUUUGCCCUGUUUAGAGAGAUUAUUUUAACAGGAAGGGCUAGUAGAGAGAAUCUUGAUUCUGUUGGGAGAGUAUCCUCAUUGGAGCACACUCUUGCUGUUGUAAUUCCUCACAUUGGUCAGGAGCCAUGUAACUGCCCAAACGUCGGUCCACACUGGAGUUUCUUGUCUCAGAUUCUUACAAUUCCCUUCUUGUGGAAGCUACUCCCAUACUUAAAAGAGGUUUUUGCAACACGUGGGCUGAGCCAACAUUAUAUUCAUCAGAUGGCACUCUGUAUGCAUAAUCAUGCUGAUGUGCUCCCUAAUGAUACAUCCGUUGCACUACCCAGUUAUGCCUGCCUUUUGGGAAAUAUACUAGAAUCUUCUGGAGUUGCUCUGUCUCAGCCUGACUGCUCAUUUGAACUGGCUGUAGACUUAGCUGCUGUUGCAACACUCUUGUUGGAAUCACUUCCCUCCUUAAAAUCGCCACAAAGCAAAGAAGAUUCUGUGGUGGGUGGGGAUGAUAUGACUGAGGGAGAUGACGCAAUGAAAAUAUGUUUAAAUAAUGAUUUGGAACGGCAGAUUCGUGAGGCCAUAGAUUCACGCUUUCUUCUGCAAUUUACAAAUGUGUUGUUUGGAGGGAUUUCAGCUGUCAGUGACUCACAUAAAACACCGGAUGAUAAAGAGGUGUCAGCUGUUGGCGCAUCGUGUGCCUUUCUACAUGUUACUUUUAACACCUUACCUCUUGAGAGAAUCAUGACUAUCCUAGCUUAUAGAACGGAACUUGUGCCCGUUCUAUGGAACUUUUUGAAACGGUGCAAUGAGAAGCAUAAGUGGUCUUUAUUGUCAGAGCAUUUGGCAUUUUUAUUGUCAGGAGAUGCACCUGGUUGGCUAUUACCUUUGGCAGUUUUCUGUCCCGUGUACAAGCACAUGCUUACAAUAGUUGAUAAUGAGGAGUUCUAUGAACAGGAGAAGCCACUAUCGUUGAAGGAUAUCAGAUCCCUAAUUGUCAUACUCAGACAGUCUCUAUGGCAGCUUCUAUGGGUGAACCCUCCGGCUCCCAGUAACUGUUUAAAAUCUCUCGCCAGCAAUCCUGUAAAUAAGAAGCACCCUUUGGAGUUCAUUCAACAGAGGGUUGGCAUCGUAGCAUCUGAACUCCUCUCCCAGUUGCAAGAUUGGAACAAUAGACGAGAGUUUACAUCCCCUAGUGACUUCCAUGCUGAUGGUGUCAAUGAUUUCUUUAUUUCUCAGGCCAUGAUAGAAAAUACCCGAGCCAAUGAUAUUUUGAAGCAAGCUCCGUUUCUAGUACCGUUCACAAGCAGAGUUAAGAUAUUCACUUCGCAAUUGGCAGCAGCUAGAGAAAGACACGAGUCUCAUUCUGUGUAUACCAGAAACCGGUUCAGAAUACGGCGGGACCAUAUUUUGGAAGACGCUUAUAAUCAGAUGAGUGCAUUGUCUGAAGAAGAUCUUCGAGGACCGAUUCGGGUAUCGUUUGUAAACGAAUUUGGGGUUGAAGAAGCUGGAAUUGAUGGAGGUGGGAUUUUUAAAGAUUUCAUGGAGAACAUUACUCGAGCAGCCUUUGAUGUCCAGUAUGGUUUAUUUAAGGAAACUUCUGACCAUCUCCUCUAUCCUAAUCCUGGUUCAGGAAUGAUUCAUGAUCAGCAUCUCCAAUUUUUCCACUUUCUGGGGAUUCUUCUUGCAAAGGCCUUGUUUGAAGGAAUUCUUGUUGAUAUUCCAUUUGCAACGUUCUUCCUGAGCAAAUUAAAGCAGAAGUACAACUACUUAAAUGAUUUACCUUCAUUAGACCCUGAGUUGUAUCGCCACCUUAUAUUCUUAAAGCAUUUCAAAGGUGUAAUUUCAGAACUGGAACUAUAUUUUGUGAUCUUAAAUAAUGAGUAUGGGGAGCAAACUGAGGAAGAGCUGCUUCCUGGGGGGAAGAAUCUUCGUGUCACUAAUGAAAACGUCAUUACUUUUAUUCAUCUCGUUGCUAAUCACCGUUUAAAUUAUCAGAUACGUCAACAAAGUUCUCAUUUCUUAAGGGGGUUUCAGCAGCUUAUACAGAAAGAUUGGAUCGAUAUGUUUAAUGAGCAUGAACUUCAGCUUCUGAUAUCAGGUUCAGUUGACAGCCUUGAUAUUGAUGAUCUACGGAGAAACACCAAUUAUGUUGGUGGUUAUCACGGUGAGCACUAUGUUAUCGACAUGUUCUGGGAAAUUCUCAAAAGCUUUUCACUGGAAAAUCAGAAGAAGUUUUUGAAAUUUGUCACUGGGUGCUCUCGGGGACCAUUGCUUGGGUUUAAGUACCUUGAACCAUUGUUCUGCAUCCAGAGAGCGGCUGGUAGUGCAACCGAUGAAGCUCUUGACCGAUUGCCAACUGCAGCUACUUGUAUGAAUUUGCUGAAGCUUCCUCCAUAUCGGAGCAAAGAGCAAUUAGAAAUGAAGCUGAUGUAUGCAAUAAGUGCAGAAGCCGGUUUUGAUCUGAGUUGAUGGAAGCUAUGCAUAUCACUUGUGCAUAUAUUGCAUCGGCCCCAUUCUGUGGGCAUACAAUUAUAGUCAUGUUAAUUUAAUUCAAGCGAAAGCUUUUGCUUGGAUGUGUCAAAGACCACACGAGCUGCGGGCUACCAGAGCAGAGUGAACUGGUGGCGUGUAGAUAUCUUUAUCUUGCAAGCUCCGGAUUUGACAUGUAAAUACGCGGGGUUAUACUGCAAAGUGCAACAGCUUUGUCAAGUUUACAGGUCUUGGCCCCCUUGUGAAUGGCUUUCUUCACAACAUAAAAUAGGUUUGGAGAACUGUAAAAUUAUUCACUGGCCUGGUUGAUAUAUUUCUGUAAAUGAGGAAAGGCAAAUACAUUCGAAUGAAGAUAUAGUUCUUUCUUUCUUCCAUGUACGUAGUUUUAUAAGUAUCAUCUGUCACUACUAUAAUUAUGAAAUGCCGACAGCUAGGCUAUGAUAAUGGCUGAAGUGUGCC